UGCCGUGGUAUGUGUUUCAACGCACACAUGGGGCUGAUUCUGAUCCGACCACACAACCACUUGACCUAGAAGUGGUUAUGGUGGCGGGAGAAGGCAAGAAACAUGGCCGGUACAUGAUUGGGGGCAGCCUCCUCUCCACAACAUCCGUUCCCACUCUCCAUCAGAUCAAGGCUCGACGGACGAGCUCAAGUCCUGCUAUACGUUCUCACCCCGCACCUAUGCAGCUUGAGAUCCAGGCCCAAGUGGCAGAAGAGAGGCGUCUUAUGGACGAGAGGGUAAAGGAGGCAUUGGUGGAGAAAGAACGACAAAUGGAGGCGAAGUUUGCAGAGCGGAUGCACACUUAUCUUGCGGGUUAUUGUGCUUCAGCUGGUUUGCCCCCUCCGCCACCGGCUCCUACUGCGCAGACUCAUUCUCUGCACACUCCAGAAGGCGGUGCAUCGAAUGAUCAUAGAACUACAGGUGCAAGCGACAACAACGACCCACUUGGGUCUUCUCAGCAGUUCUGAGAUUCUCAUGAAGAGUUGCAAGGCCGGCGACAAUGUGGUGGCCAUGAAAAUGUUGCUGUCCAGCUUCGUCAAGGUGCACUCAAGCCUGCAUCGCCUGAAGCAAGAAUUUAUUGUUAGAUUAUUAGGCAAUUUCCGUGUGAGUUUAAUUACCGAAAGCAACAUUACAGAUGCACAAGCAUACUUAACCACACACAUCAGACUAAGCACAUGCAUCAGAUCUGAACAUGGAACAAGUAGCAGUGCAAGGUAGGAGAAGAAAAGCACAUACAUCCCGACCGGGAAGGUCGCGCCAGCAGCAACACCACCACCACCAUGGGUAUUGUUGAUGUCGCCCAUGGUAUUGUAGGAUCUGUCGAUGAAGCAGCCGGAUCGUCGAACAAGAGCACGAACAGCAGCGAGCAGUCGCGCCGAGACGCUCCCCAAAAACCUUAUCGCCCGUCUCCCGGUGCAGGAUCUCAACGGACGAAAUUUCGGAGGCCUGCUCUCCCGGACGGCCGUGCACGCAGACGCCGGGAUGGGGAAGACUAGAGAGUUGCGCAGCAAAAGGAACUUCGCGAGAGAGAUGGACUAGAGAGUUCUGAGAGUUGUGUCUUUCUCUAGAUCUGAUCUGUCUCCUUGUAUAGCCUGUGAAGCCGACCCAACCCGACCGCGUUGACACGCGUAGGAAGCCAGGGACACGCGGCGAGCAUGCACAUGCAGGUCGACACGUACCCAACACAGUUGGUGCACCAAGCAAA